CUCCAUCUUGCGUUAAUACCAAGUCUAUGAACAAACCAACACAAAGAUGAUGAGCCACUUUUGCGGCAGCGACAAUCUUGUGAAGAUCAUCAUGUCUUUGAUGUUCAUCCUCUUCAUCUUCAUUGGAACCGCCCCUUUGGUGGCCGGACGACAGAAUCCGUUGGUCGAACUGUCCAGUAGAGAGGACUUGAUAAAAAUGGCUGGUUAUGGAGAAGAGAAGCUCUCCACAGUCAUGGUCAGCGGGACCGUCCUUUGUUACGCUUGUUCGGAUCAAGAAGCUCAAGCUCACCCACAUCCCGUAUCAGGAGCUUUGGUGGCUGUUUCAUGCGAUACUAGAGGGGAAAAGAGGAAAUCAAAUUGGGUACGAGGCAGCACAGAUGAAUAUGGAGACUUCCUGAUUGAUCUUCCUUCCCACCUCCAUGCAAUUCCAAACUUGGAAAAGAUAUGUCUUGUUAAAGUGCUUCAGGUACCAAAGAAUUCUCCCUGCCAUCAAGCUUUUACUGGUAAACACAAAGCCAUAAGAUUAUCAUCGAUUGGGGAUGGCAUCCGUACCUACACAAGCCAAACGAUACAAUUGACACCAAAAGCUUCAAAAGUAGGCACAAAUACAGGAGGCAACAAAGCAGAGAUGGUAUAAGUCCAAUAAUAAUGGAAAUUGUAUAUUGGCUGCAGCUCAUUUGGAUGGCGCUUUUGUCACAAAAUUGAGUUGCGGGGUUCAAUCCUGCUACCUCUUAGUCGUGUGAAUAACUUCCGUG